AUGUCCGCAUUCGACACCGCUGUCGCAGACUCGAAGAAGCUGACUUCUAAGCCCUCAAACGAUGACCUGCUGAUGCUUUACGGAUUGUUCAAGGUUGCGACUGGCGAGGAUAUUACGAAGGCAGAGCAGCCCGGAACUUUCGAUCUUAAGGGCAAGGCGAAGAAGAGAGCGUGGCAGAAGGUUGUUGACGAGGGCAUUACCUCCGAUGAGGCGAAGGAACGAUACGUUAAGUUGGUGGAGGAGAUGAAGGAGAAGUACGGAUAUGAUGCUACUAAGGAGCCGGAGGCUGUCGGUGGGGGUUCUUAG